AUGGGCCCUGCACCCCAGGAAAGCUUAAAACCCGCCAAAAACGAACCUUCAGGCCGCUUCCACGUCGCGGGGUUCCUGGCUCGCCGGCUCCUGGCCUUUGCCUACUGUGCAGCAUUUCUCUCUCUGGGUGUGCAGGUCGAGGGUCUCUUCGGCUGCAGUGGGGUCCAUCCGGCCGAGGAGGUGAGUGUGAUGGCCAUGACUUUCACAGCCUGGCUGGGGGCAGCGCUUGCCGGGGUCACCUUCCUCGCGCUGGGUCCCAUGGACGAGUCUUCAACUGCUGUCUUUGCCACGCUCUGGUUUUGCUACGCGGCCUGCAUGAUGCUGGUGCCUGACGGGCCGCCAAACUUCUACCCUUUCCGCGAAGACAAGUUGUUGCUGGAAGCCGGAUUGGCAAUGAUAGUCUUCGUGCAGGAGCAAAGUCCUUCGCGCAAAGAGAACCUCGGGCGCUUGCUAGCAGCCUGGUGCCUCUUCCGCUACCGCUUCACCGUCAUGUUCAAGAAGAUGUCGGGCAGUUGCGACGUAUGGCGCAGCUUUACAGCCUUGCAGGCAGCCUACCAGCUGGAGGCCUUCCCGCUCCCCUCCACCUGGCCUUUGCAGCUUGCUCCAGUGCCUGUGCUGCGUGCAGUGAUGGCGUUUCAGACCGCCGCUGCACUGAUUGCCUCCCCAUGGCUGCUCUCACCCUCCCAGUCGACGCAGGCUGUUGUGGGCUUUGUGCAGCUUCUCCAUGUCACCCUUGACGCGAUGCUUGUGAAUCAGGGUACACUCUGGCCGUGCUCUGUGGCGCUGAUCGUUCU